GGUCAUUUUGGCCUCUCGGGUCCCUCCAUCGGCUCGCCUCUCGGCGCUCCAGAGCCCCCGGUUCGCGAUGGAGGAGGCGCCGGAGGGGCCGUCCCCGCUGUGCGGAGGCGAACCGGAGGCCUGGCGAGUCAUCACGGUCGGCGAUCCGGGCCUCCCGGCCUCGCAGACCCCGCUCCGCCCACAAAGUCCAAUGGCGGCGGCCUCGCUGCGGUUCCCGGCGGAGGACAUGAGCUUUGAGGACGUGACCGUCGCCUUCUCCCAGGAGGAGUGGGGGCUCCUGGAUGCGGCCGAGAGACUUCUCUACUGCGAGGUGAUGCUGGAGAUCUGUACGCUCGUGGCGACCGUGGGUUAUUGGCACAAACCGGAGGACGCGGCGGCGCCUGCUGAGCAGAUGGUGCCGGCAGAAGGAGAGGUACAGGUCGGGGUGCCCGAGACCGCGCCGGCCGCGGAGAGAACUCACUCCUGUGAGCAGUGCGUCUUGGUCCUGAAGGCUAUCUUCCACCUGACGGAGCUCCAGGCCGGGAACCCGGAGCAGAGAGCCUUCUUCAGCGACGCGUGUGUGAGGGGCUUCUGCUUCCGGGCAAACAUUCACCAGCAGCCGCGGGAAGCCGGUGCCCAGGAGCCCUGGAAGGGGGACGCGGACGGGGCCUCGCUCAUGACCAGCAACAGCUUCUACGUGUCCGGGGCGCCGUUCGCCGCCAGGGAGGCCGAGGAGGACUUCGCCGCCGCCCCCGGCCUCCUCCAGCACCAGCCCACGCAGAGCGCCGAGGAGCCGCACAGCGUCAUUGAGAGCUGGCAGGCCGUCCACAGUGGGACGGGUCCGCGCCAGUGGGGGGAGUGUGAGAAGGCCGCCUUCCACAGCCCGGACCUGGGGCAGCAGCAGAGCGUCUACACGGGAGAGGGGCUGUUUGAGUGCAGCCAGUGUGGGAAGGCCUCCAUACAGAUCUUCAACCUCCUGCUGCACAGGAGCGUCCACCCCGGGGAGAGGCUGCCCUACGAGUGCGGCGUGUGCGGGAAGUGCUUCAGCUGUGAGUUCUUCCUCCUCCGGCACCAGAGUGUGCACACGGACGGGAAGCCCUACGAGUGCAGUGUGUGUGGGAAGUGCUUCAGCUGCAAGUACACCCUCCUCCAGCAUCAGAGAAUCCACUCUGACGAAAAGCCUUACGAGUGCAGUUUUUGUAAGAAAUGCUUUAGCUACAAAUUCAAUCUCAUGAGACACGAGAAAAUCCAUACCGGGGAAAACCCGUACGGAUGCAGUGACUGUGGGAAGUCCUUCAGCCACAGCUCCGCCCUCAUCCGGCACAAGCGAGUCCACACUGGAGAAAGGCCCUAUGAGUGCAGUGACUGCGGGAAGACCUUCACAAACAGCUCGGCCCUCAUUCAGCACCAGCGAGUCCACACUGGAGAAAAGCCGUAUCAGUGCAGUGAGUGUGGGAAGUGCUUCCGGCAGAGCUCCGCCCUCAUCUAUCACCAGAAAGUUCACGCGGGAGAAAAGCCGUAUGAGUGUGGGGAUUGCGGCAAGUGCUUCCGGUACAACUACAUCCUCAUCCAGCACCGGAAAGUUCACACUGGAGAGAGGCGGUAUGAAUGCGGUGCUUGUGGGAAACGCUUCAUCUACAACUUCAACCUCAUUAAACACCAGAGAAUCCACACUGGCGAGAAGCCGUACGUGUGUAGCGAUUGUGGGAAGGCCUUUAGGCGAAGCUCCUCCCUCAUUCAGCACAAGAGUGUUCACAGUGAGGAGAGACCUUACGAGUGCAAUGAGUGCGGGAAGUCUUUUACCCGGGCAUCUAACCUCCUCAGGCACUGGAGAGUUCACACAGGAGAGAGGCCCUAUGAGUGUAGUGAUUGUGGGAAGUCCUUCAGCCACAGCUCCGCCCUCAUUCAGCACAAAAGGGUGCACACUGGAGAAAGACCUUAUGAGUGUAACGAGUGCGGGAAAACUUUCACCCGCACGUCGAACCUCCUCAGACACUGGAGAGUUCACACUGGAGAGAGGCCCUAUGAGUGUGCUUAUUGUGACAAGUCCUUCAGCCACAGCUCCGCCCUCAUUCAGCACAAAAGGGUGCACACUGGAGAAAGGCCCUAUGAGUGUAAUGAGUGCGGGAAGUCUUUUACCCGCACGUCUAACCUCCUCAGACACCGGAGACUUCACACUGGGGAAAAGCCUUAAUGGUGCAGGGAAUGCUGUAUUUCCUCUCAGGCUAACAGCACUGGGGGAGACCCUCAGAGACCAAUUUAGGUGAAUUAAAACCCGUUUUAGCGAACACACAGUGUGCUAGGUUCCUCGUGAGUCGUCGGUGCGAGUGAGGCUUUAAGGAGGGCCACUGCACUCUCCCACCUGCCCAGGGCUGUUCCUAGCAGAUGGCACUGCUAGGUUUUGUAGCCGAGGCCUCCCCGCCGGGCUCGCCUCACAGUCACGCCCCUGCGUGCUCAGGGAAGCCGCCCUCCGUGCUCUCCUGCGGGAGGAAAUGAGGAAUCCGCAGGCCUCCUGGGGGGCCCCCUCCUUCCUUCCUCUCCGCUGGGGGCGGACCUGGCCCGGUGCUGGUCAGAGGACCCGCCCUCGGCUAAGAAGAGCUACCUUCCUCACGGACAUUGUUCUCACAGGGACGCUGUGAUGAAUUCUCCCAGGUUCUGCUUCGCCAGCCUGGACACUUGUGUAAGCUUCUCUGGAUCGUGGUAUGUUUGUGAAGGUCUCGGUACCUUUCAUCUUGGUUGUAUAGUCACUGCGUGAGGUGAUGUGGAAUAAGCAUUGUGAUCUGCCAGCGUACGGAGGGGCACGUUUGUGGGGAUCCCUAGCUGUCUGUGUCCCCGAAGGGACGGUGAUAGCAGAAAGUCGCUCUGUCCCAUGUUGGCUAAGUGUGUGUUGCUGCCCAGGGCCUCGCAACAAAGACUGCAUGACUCUGUGGUCCUGGUGUAAAUCCUGGC